AAAAGAUGUAGCCUUGUUCAAAAUUGGUUGCGUAUACUCACAAUUCAUAAACUAGAAAGAAAAAAAACACUAAAAUUAAAGUAGUAAAAUAAUACACUACUUUUAGUUUUAAAAGAUGUUGUCUAAAAAACGAGGAUAAACAUAAACAACUAGUUCAAGUGGCUAGUUUCUCGAUCAUUCUUUGUUACCCCAGUCUCGUAUAUAUAAAUAGUAUUAUAUACAAUACAAAAGCACGAUACCCAAAAUAUCAAACUCUUCUUCUUUUCCCUUCUCUUCUCUUCUUCUCUUCUUCCACGUUUACGCGUAUACACAUCUCUAUACAUACAUUAAUCUUGAUCCUUCUUUAUCUCUUUGCUUCCAAUAAACUCCAAAGAACAGCUCUUUCUUUUUCUCAUUCUUACUAUCAUCAUUAAUGGAGAGAGAAGACUUGUACGCUGUCUUGGAUUUGAACAACGAAUGUACACAAGGAGAUCUCAGACUUUCUUACAAGAACCUUGUUCUGAAAUGGCAUCCAGAUCGGUUUCUUGAAGAAAUAGAGAAAGAUGAAGCUAAGAUGAAAUUUCAGUCCAUUCAACGAGCCUAUUCUGUUUUGUCGGAUUCCAACAAGAGGCUUUUGUAUGACGUCGGUGCUUAUGAUAGUGAUGACGACGAAACUGGAAUGGCUGAUUUCAUAAAUGAGAUGGUGACGCUUAUGGCUCAAACUCAAUCUACGGGGGACGAAAGUUUAGAGGAAUUUGAAGAGUUAUUUCAAGAAUUGUUGAAGGAUGAUGUGAAUCAAUUCAAAACUCGUUCAUCUUCGUCUUCAUGUUCGCAAUUUAGUGGCACGUCGACUUUGGUCCAUUGCGAUGAUUUAUCAAAUUCAAAUGAUAUUCCCAACAAAAUUAACGGUCAUGACAACUAUUGUUGUAUAAGUUCUAGUAAGGUAUUUAGUUUUAUACUCUUUCUGCUUGAUUUUUUUUCCUUUUCUUAUAACUUCUUUGUGGUUCUAUAUAUGUAUAUAACAAAAAUAAACUUUUGAAAUGAAAAUGUAUGUUGUAGAAUUUAAUUCAGAAUUAUCAUGAAACCGAUGUUGACCAUUGAUGUUUUAAUAAAAGGUAGGUGGUCCAUCGACGAGAUUCCAAGCUGGCAAUAGAAGAUCUAAGAAGUAGAGCUUAAAAAGUUUUUAACAUUUUUUGUAUUUUUUUUUUUUGUGGAACUUCAUGUUGUAAAAGUUGUCGUGGUGAAGAAAAUAUGGUGGUAUGUACUAUUUUGUAUACAAUGUGAUCAAACGUCUAGGUCAUUUGAAUCUCAUUUUUGAGUUAUGCACAUUCUUGUUAAAGUACAAAUGCACACAAAAAAUUAGAAUAUUGAUAUUGUAUCUUCCAAAUAAUAUAUUUACUAUUCAUAUUUGACAUGA